AUGGGUGCCAAAAACCAGAAUCAAAGGGACCUCAAAGUGCAGGCAGUUAAUGAAAUUGUUGCCAAGCUUAUUGAAGCCCAAAAUGCUGGUCAAUCCGUCAACUUAAACAAGCUGAAAUGUGACAUUUCAUCGAGAUUAGGUAUGGACCAUCAGCCGAAAUUGGUUGAGAUCAUAGCUGCUGUUCCUGAAGACUACAAAGACUUGUUGUUACCCAAAUUGAAAGCCAAGCCUGUUCGAACUGCAUCAGGGAUUGCUGUCGUUGCGGUGAUGUGUAAGCCUCAUAGAUGUCCACAUAUCAACUUUACUGGAAAUAUUUGUGUAUAUUGUCCUGGUGGACCAGACUCUGAUUUUGAGUAUUCUACUCAAAGUUACACUGGAUAUGAACCUACUUCAAUGAGAGCAAUCAGAGCAAGGUAUAAUCCGUAUAUUCAGACAGUGAACCGAUUGGCACAGUUGAAGCAGCUUGGACACAACAUUGAUAAAGUAAGGGUUUGCGUUUUUUGUUUUGAUUUUAGGUAACAACUUGGAUUUCUGGUUGAUUUAAAGGGGAAAGGUCUUGCUUCUAAGCUGGUUAAUAUACAGAUACAGAUUAUGGGUACUUAUUUAUCUAGGAAAAGCAUUCCAUCACUUAACUGUUACUUACUUUUUAACUAAUUUAUAAACAACCUUCAAUUAUAGGUAGAGUUUAUUAUAAUGGGAGGAACAUUCAUGUCGUUACCUAAAGAUUACCGUGAUAACUUUAUAUCUAAUCUUCAUGAUGCUCUGAGUGGUCACAUAAGUUCGUCAGUGACUGAAGCAGUCAAGUUCAGUGAAGUUAGUGACACAAAAUGUAUUGGUAUUACCAUUGAGACUCGGCCCGAUUACUGUUUACCACGACACAUGGAUGACAUGUUGUCUUAUGGGUGUACGAGAUUGGAAAUUGGUGUUCAGUCUAUCUAUGAAGAUGUCGCUAGGGACACGAAUCGAGGUCAUACUGUAAGGUUUUUUUUAUUUUUUUUUGGCUUUAGGGUAUUUUAUAGUUGUAGGGUUCUUUAAAGUUCGGGGCUAGUUUUAAAGUUUGAGACGAGAUUUUAGGUAACAAACAGUGUUUUGCCGGACCGGUCCGGUCCGGAUUUUCAAAAAUUGCAAAAUUGAAAAUAACUUUUUAGCUUAUGGUUUGAAGUUUUUAAAAAAAUAAAUAACUUUUGUGAAGGUCCGUUUUUGGCUAUCAAGUUAUUACCGAAAUGGACCGCCCGGACCGGCAAGACCGAUUCAGUCCGGCCGGUACAAAUGUUUAGCGAGGAACUUGUAUGAGACGGACCUUCACAAAAGUUAUUUAUUUUUUAAAACUUCAAACCAUAAGCGUAAAAGUUAUUUUGAAUUUUGCAAUUUUUGAAAAAUCCGGACCGGACCCGGUCCGGCAAAACACUGGUAACAAAGUGUCAUUUUUAAAUAUAUUGUUUUAGGUGAAAGCGGUGUGCGAAACCUUUCACAUGGCAAAAGAUACUGGCUACAAGGUUGUCAUUCACAUGAUGCCAAACUUGCCAAAUGUGCCUAUUGAACGGGAUUUAGCGCAGGUAUGAUAAUAUUGUAUAUUAUACUCGGUUUUUACUAUAAAAUUAGUUUUGUUUUUAAAAAUUUUAACUUUUCGCUUUUUUUGGCUUUAAACUUCACGUAUUUUGUGAUUUUUAAAAUUUUUCAGUGAACUUUUUGGUCUAAAAUUUAAAUUUUUAGUUUGUCGACCUCUUCGAAGACCCUGACUUUCGACCAGACGGCUUAAAACUCUACCCCACACUAGUAAUCCGCUCAACCGGUCUCUACGAACUUUGGAGAACAGGCAGAUACAAGUCAUAUCCACCACAAGUACUUGUUGAUCUAGUAGCACAGAUCCUCGCUCUAGUACCACCAUGGACUCGAGUCUACAGAGUGCAACGUGACAUCCCAAUGCCUUUGGUAUCAUCUGGAGUUGAGUACGGUAACCUGAGAGAGCAUGCUUUGGCCAGAAUGGAACAGUUGGGUUUGAAGUGUAGAGAUGUGAGGACAAGAGAGGUUGGUAUCACGGAGAUUCAUCAGAAGAUAAGGCCAGCUCAGGUGGAGCUGGUCAGAAGGGAUUAUGUUGCUAAUGGUGGAUGGGAAACGUUCUUGUCGUACGAGGAUUCUGAACAGGUAUGGGUGGUUUUUGUUGGAUUAGGUUCAAAAAAUUAGUUUUUUGAUGAUGUUGAGUUAGAUUUUUAAAUUUUUUUGUUUGGAUGAUUGUAGCGGAUAUUGUAGUAGGUAAAUCUAAAUUUAAGCUGUUGUAAAAUACGUUACCAACAGGGACGUCUUUAUUUUUAAAAAUUCAUUAAAAAUUGUUUGUAAAAGCAAUGUUAUGGAAGUAGAACAUUGUUUACUUUCUAUAGUUUAUAAUGUUAUCAUUACAUCUACUACAAUAUUAAAUAACUACAGACUAUAAUAUGUAAUGUAAGAGUAUAAUGUAUGAGUUUAAUGUAAAAGAAGACGUUGAUUAUGUGCUAAUACUAAUGCAUUUUCAGGACAUUCUAAUCGGAUUGCUACGACUACGCAAGUGCACGGACAAGGUUCACAAGGAGGAGUUGAAGGUAAGCAUUUUCAUUGGGUUUGUAAAAUACGUUUUGGCACUCGUUAUGUUUAAAAGUGUUAAAAUUCUUAAUUUAUCGGUUGUAAUGUUUACAAUUUGGGGCUAAAAUUUUAGUUUUUCAAGUUUUUUAAAUUUUUAAGUGAGAUUUUGAGUAUUAAGGGCUUGAUGUGUUAUGGUAUUCUACUUGAAGGCUCUUUAAAGCCGUUAUUGCUUAGACUAUAAGAGUUAUGGGUUUUACUACUAUAAAAUUAUAUGGCUUAUACUUACCAAUGUAAGAGCAUAUACUAAAAGCAGCGUUUUGGCUUUGUAACUUGGGGUAUCAUACUGUGGUUUAUAAGAUAUGAUGUAUGAUGUAAUAUUAAAGUUUAAGCUGGCUGCGAUAAAUGAGUUUUAAUGUACAUAUAAUUUUAAUGUUUUUUGUUUAAAUUUGGUUAAAAUACGUUAUAUGAAAAUUUUACUGUGUGUCUAAAAAGCAGCUAUUGAUAGUGCAUAAAUAUGUGAGCGUUGACACAAUUACGUGUAUGUUGAAGUUGUGUUUAAAGAACAUGGUGGGAUUUAAUCUACUAUGGUAUGAAUGAGAAGAAUAACAUAUUAGCACUUUUAAUAUCUUAAUUAUGGGAAUUAUUGUGUCUCCAGGAUUUGAAAAUGAAUGAAAUAUUAAGGCAUCCCACUCUGUUUUUAGUAGGAGUACAAGUUAUUACUAUAUUGUAAAGGGGUAUUGUGAGUUGGUAUGUACGUAGUUGUGUGGAGUGUAAUUGGGAGAAGGUCGGGUUUGUACCAUUUUUAACUGGGCUUGGUUUUUGAUUUUUUAGGUAGAUUGGGGGGUGAGAAAUAAAGACAUUUUUUGCAAUUCUUUAGCUGGGUCUACUCUGACUGUAACUUUGCUGUAGACCUAUUUUUAACGUGUCUUAGUCUUAACUAUUGUGUUCCUUACUCCUACCUUAGCGUUUCUGUAGCCGUGUAUUAGUCUUGCCCUAACUUUACCCUAACGUACUCAUACCUGCCUUAGUCCCUUACUCAAUUCUACCUUGCUCUAUCCUACCUUACUCUAGCUGUACCUAUUCUAGUCCUACCCUACAGCUAAGGAUGUGGACGUGCUUUGCUUUAAGUACGGCAACUUAAUAUGAUACUUAUGAUUGUUUAUAUUUAUGUCUAUUGCAAUAUAACAUAACUAUAUAAAAAUAUAAGCGCGAUUUCUGCAGUUAUGGGUAUAGCAAACAUUACAUGAUGUAUAAAACCCUCCCAAACUAGAACACAUCAUAAUGCCUACAAAUUUUCGUAUUCAUCUCAACGUCAUCAGUUUCUUAAUUUACAGAUUUUUAAUUGCAAAAGCUGAAUGAAAGGGUAAAGACUGUCUUAAAAGGCUUAUAAUGUGUUAAGCCGCUUGAACAUAGAUCACUUAUCCACAACUAUACUGGGCUUAAAACACAAAAUACUGUAGGGCUGUCAACGAAAUGUAGUUUAAUCAGCUAAUGUACUUGUAUAGUUAACGAAAGGAAGCGGUUUCAAAACGUGGUAAACAUGACAACUUGAGGAAGGUGUUAAGAGGAUGUACUAUGCUAAAUAUAGGGUUUAUAGUGGGAGUAGGGAUAAAAAUACAAUUUGUAGUCGGGAGAGCCCAUACCUAAUCUUCCAAAAAUAAAAAAUCAAUUUUCAGGGCAAAACCUCAGUAGUACGAGAACUGCACGUGUACGGCACCUCAGUACCAGUAGCUUCGCGAGACCCAACAAAAUUCCAACAUCAAGGCUAUGGCAGUUUGUUGAUGGAAGAGGCGGAAAGGAUUGCACGUGAAGAGCAUGGCUCAGAAAAGAUUGCUGUCAUUUCAGGAGUUGGCACCAGGCAUUAUUACAGGUAAUUAAAGGGAUUAUUGGAUUUGAUAAUGAAAUUAGGGAUGAUUUUGAGAAUUUUGGAUUAAAAAUUUGUUGUAGUUCUGUGGAUAAAAAUGGCAUUUUUAUCAUAUUUUAGGUAUGGAAUUUACUUUUUUCUAAUUUUAAAUCCACUUUUAAUUUGCGUUUUUGCAAAAUUUUUUAUUAAAAACGUUUUUCAUAAAGACCAGCACAGAAUAAGUAAUAACCAUUGACACGAAUGCGCCUAUUAAGCGAGAAAAGUUGCCUUUUUCAAGCGGAAAUUACAUAAUUUGUGGCCAAUUUUCAGGAAACUGGGAUACGAAUUGGAUGGCCCAUACAUGAGCAAAACACUCCUCUGA